AUGGACCCACAACAAGAGCGACAGUUGAUAGAGGAACCAAACAACACAUUCCAGCAGUCAACAGCCCAUCGGUCAUCUUAUGUGUCUCACGUACAGAAUGACGUACCUAGGAGAGGCCAUGAAGAAGAACCCAGUAUGAACUGUGCUCCCUUUUUAUCCCUGAUUGGCACUCUAACCUAAUAUCUAGCCCAUAUGACUAUCUUACGCUCUCAAUAUAUUGAACGUUUUCCCUAUAAUGGUUUCACAGCUAUUAUAUUCGCAUUUGCUUCUACGAUAGCUGCCAUCUUCGUCCUAGUCCGUUCUCACGAGAAACCAAUUCAUCAUUGGCCCAUUCAACCAUCGGUCGUUCUAUCCAUUGCAUCAGCAAUAUUCAAGCUUUCACUGGCAUUUGCGUAGGCAGAGGGAACCAUUGUAUUUUGCUGGAACAGAGCUCUCAAAGGAUCCACAAUUAAGAAUCUUAGCAGGGAUUGGGAGAUGGCGACGAAUGUGCAGGCUGCGUUGCUGGCUAGUAGACAUUUGAACCUUGUUGCUAUUGCUACAAUAGUGGUCACUUUGUGUGCAAUCAUCGGUCCUAUUCUUCAAAAGGUCUCCACUGUCACGACUUGGACUUUGGCAGAACCUGUUUUAUUGCAUGGCCAUGUUGCACCUGUACUCCCAAGAGGGUUCUCUGCCAAAGUUUCAAGCGACCUCCACCCAUACCCAGUUGGAGUAACGUCGAGCUUCGCUGGACUGAUCAGGCAAAUGAACUACAAGAAUUACACAACAGACAUAAAAGGGUGUACAGGAAAUUGUUCUGGGGUGAUACGUGGUGCUGGACUUGUGAGAACUUGCAACGAGCCCACUUACGAAAAUUGGACUCUCACUUGGGGAAGGAGUACUGCUAAUUACAGCUGGCCUGUUUUUCAGGUAUCUACACACUGGGAUUUUGCUUCAGAGUCGUAUGGUAACGAUGCACAUGAAAGAAUUGAGCUUACUGUAAGUGGCAUAAAAUUUCGCAAUUACUCGCUAAUAUAUAUCAGAUUGCGAAAACCACAUCUAUGACCACGACAGAUGGACCCCCCGAUGUACAAAUCGACGCUCCUCUCAAUCAUCCGUUUCAAUUUUGCAAUGCAUUACUUUCAACUACAGCAUGCAAUUUUACGCUCGCUGUGAUGGAGUACGAGUUCACCAUGACCGAUAACAAUAUCCAAUUAUUGGAACUCCAGAACAUAAAAAAGGUUGAAGAAGUUCCAGGUCGUUAUCAAGAUCCGAGUAACUUGUACGGGUCAACCAUUGCUGGUCUGGCUUUAUAUCUUCAGACCAGAUAUGCAUUGAAUGUGUCAAUGCAGGUCAGAGUGCAAUUCUGGGAGAAGCCGACGCCAUACGACCUUGAUUCUCUUUUGGUGGCUUACUCACUGGUUGGCUUGGAUACUAGCGCGUCUCAAUAUGUCCACGGUUACGAUAUUGACCCAAAUGAUCCUUACAGUAUUGGGACUGCAUGCAAUUACACUUGGUCAGACCCAAUGAAUGACAUCAUGAAAGAUUUAAACGAUUUGAUGUUCCGCUCAGCGCUUUACGUUGGUUCCACCAACGAACAAGUCGCUUUGGGGCAUGACCCUUGCAACGAAUACGAAACUAUGAAUGUUUCCACGAAACGGGAUAUCAACGCGACCCAAACCAGCGAAGAGGUCAUUUUCAAGACUAAUUUCGCUUACAUGGCUGGGGGUUUGGUAGUUAUGCUGGUAGGGAUUCUGAGCGUUGUCCCUAUCUUCUUCGGUUACUGGAAUCUCAGUCACCACACACGGCUCAAUCCCUUUGAUAUGGCACAGGCUUUUCAUAGCACAGAUCUACCUGGAGCUUCCGUACUCCCGCAUAUGGGUCUGAGAGAGCCAAGUGGGGUGAUUGACGGGGAGAACAAGGUUUUCGGUGUUGUAACAGAAGAUGGAAAAUCCAAACUGAUGUAUGAGGAUCCACAAUCUCCUACCCCAACAAACACCGUGGAGGAAAGAAUGCUUGAAAGGAUGUCUCAACAAUAG